UAGCCUCCACGAAGGUUACACGGGGUGGUGAGCUCUUCAGGUUUACCCUUUCAGCUAUCGUGAGACAAACACGUGAACGAAGUGGUUUUACUUUACUAAAAAAUUCAAUUUUUAACUUUCUUCUAAUAAAUAAACGCAGUUUAUUUUAUUUUCAUUUGUUAUUGAUAGCUGCAUAGGUUUUAAUCCUCUUUUUAUGAAUACGAGUUAUAUAAACGAUGGAGAGUGAAAGAAAACUUUAUCCGAAUUGCGAUUCGAAUGUAUGGCUUCGGUCCUGUGGGGAGGAAACUGUUGAGCCCCUGAAAGGAGAAAUCACAGGCCGCAUACCGGCUUGGCUACGCGGGACAUUGCUACGAAACGGGCCGGGCUCGCUCAAUGUUGGUUCCAUGCGAUUUAAGCACUUGUUCGAUAGCUCGGCGCUACUCCAUAGAUUUGCAAUCCACGGUGGGCAGGCUACGUAUCAAUGUCGAUUUCUUCGCUCCAACACUUACAAGAAGAACCAUGCGGCGCAGCGGAUUGUAGUCACGGAGUUCGGUACCAGGGCCGUUCCCGAUCCGUGUCAUACUAUCUUUGAUCGAGUGUCCGCCAUUUUCAAUCCAGCAGAAUCAAUAUCAGACAAUGCAAUGAUAUCUGUAUACCCAUUCGGAGAUGAAAUAUACGCAUUUACAGAAGGCCCUAUCAUUCACCGGAUAGAUGCCACAACCCUGGACACACUGGACAGGAUAAAUCUUAUGGACCGUGUUGCUCUCUUAAACCACACAUCACAUCCGCAUGUCAUGCCAAAUGGCGACGUGUAUAAUGUGGGAAUGUCUAUAGUUGCCGGGCGGAUUCGGCAUGUGGUCGUUAAAUUUCCUUUUGAAGAGAAAGGCGACAUGUUCGCUAACGCUGAAGUAGUCGGUAGUAUGAAACCAAGAUGGCCGCUUCAUCCGGCUUACAUGCACACUUUUGGUAUAACAGAAAACUAUUUUGUCAUAGUGGAGCAGCCCCUUACAGUGUCGUUAUUAAAUAUGGUUAGAAAUCAACUCACAAACCAACCGCUUAUAGCCAGUUUGAAGUGGUUCCCCGAGUAUGAGACUCACAUAGUUCUUAUAAGUCGAACAACAGGGGAAGAAAUUAAACGCUACAGAACGGAUACCAUGUUUUUCUUGCAUAUAAUUAAUAGUUACGAACACGAAGGAAAUCUAGUAAUCGAUCUUUGUGCUUAUAAGGAUGCCAAAGUACUAGACGCAAUGUACGUAGAUGCUAUUGAGACAAUGCAAACAAACGCUGAAUACGCCGAAUGGUUUCGAGGUAGACCUAAAAGACUGGAGAUGGACUUGAACGACCCCAAUAUGACAAGGAUAGAUGCAAAAAUCUUAGCGGAUGUUGGAUGUGAGACACCAAAGACUUAUUAUGAAAAAUGCAACGGUCGGGCUUAUAGAUAUUUCUACGCCAUCAGUUCAGAUGUAGACGCAGAACAUCCAGGAUCAAUAAUCAAAGUGGACACGAAAACUGGUAACGUAACGUCUUGGUGGGACGAUGGCUGUUAUCCGAGUGAGCCUAUAUUUGUCCCUCGACCGGAUUCUAAGGAAGAAGACGAUGGUAUAAUAUUGAGUGCCAUUUUGUUUGGGAACGAAGAACGCCGGGUGGGACUCUUAGUAUUGGAUGCAAAGACUUUUCAAGAGGAAGCAAGAGCUAUUUUUAAAACCCCAUCGCCGGCACCUAAGUGUCUGCAUGGUUGGUUCUUGCCAGAUAAAUAGUAUAGUAUAUAUGUAUAUUAAAGUAUAUUAUUUAUUA